ACAAUGCCGGAAGUGUUUUGUCCCUCCUCGCUCGCUGUACUUCGUGACAGAAAAACGUGCUAUCAAUGAAUGUUGUGACGGAAUCAAACAAGUAUGACUUGAAACGUGAAGCCGGCCCAGUUUAAACAGUAACGUGUGUCCAGUCUAAACCAGUAACUUCCCAUGACUCUUGACGUUGUGGCCGCCGCAGCGUGAACAAACAAAACCCUCCUCCAAAACGCGCGUGUUAGCUUCAGCUGUUUUUAGCUAGCGGCUAACGGCUAACGGAGGCGAACCCCAAACAAGAGGGAGGUGGAGCCGCCAGUGGUAGACAGAAACCCCGCAGUCCAGAACAUGUCCGCCGCGGUGAAACGGAGCAGGAAGCGGUACGGCCACCACGGCAAGCGAUGGAAGGGCUCCCGGGAGCUGGAGGUGGGCAUGGAGGGCAUCCUCAUCACUUGCAACAUGAACGAGAGGAAGUGCACCGCGGAGGCCUUCAACUUGCUCAGCGAGUACGCGGAGGAGCUGUUCGGACCCGAGAAGCAGGAGAACACUGGGAGCAGCAGUGAAGACGAGGCUGAGGAGGAAGAUGUGGAAGUCGCACUGAAGAAGGAAGUGGCACAGCUGAAAGCAUCUGGAGCCAAACAGCAGAGGCGCUUCCAGGCCAUGGAGAGCGGAGCAAACAAUGUCAUCUUCAUCAGAACUCAGAAUCUGGAAUCUGACAAGUUGGUUCAUCACAUCCUGUCUGAUCUCCACACCACCAAGAAGAAAAAGUCCAGAGUGAUUCUAAGGAUGCUACCAGUGACUGGGACGUGUAAGGCCUUUCAGGAUGACAUGGUGAAGUAUCUGACCACUUACCUGGAGUCUUGGUUCAAGACCCCAAAUUGUGCCACGUACCAGAUCGCCUUCAAGGCCCGGAACAGCAGCCACAACAAGAGAGACGAAAUCAUCAAAUCCAUCGCAGAACUCGUGGGGAAGCUGAACCCGAGCAACAAAGUGGACUUGACCAACCCAGAACUGACAAUCAUUGUGGAGGUCAUCAAGACCGUGUGCUGCAUCAGCGUGGUCAAAGACUAUUCACGGUUCAGAAAGUACAACGUUCAGGAGGUGUUGAAAGAGGAGGCGCCGAAUCCCGACGCGGCCGCAGAGAAGACGGCUACAGACCAACCGGAGCAGAAGGAGGAGAAACCGACCAACCAGGAGGAAAACAAGGGGGAAGAGGAAAAUGGCAAAAAGGUGUCGCAGGAAAACGAGGAGGUGAAGAAGAACGAGGAGGUGAAGAAGAACGAGGAGGUGAAGAAGAACGAGGAGGUGAAGAAGGACCCCAAAGACGAGUAAAGGUUUUCAUUCAACAAUCAGAUCGUCAGUUGUUGAGUUAGACUCAAAGUUUCUAGUUGUGUUAUGUUGUCAAACUUUUGUUAUUUUAAAUGAUCACAACACUUGAAAUGAGGUUUGCAAAAAUUACGUUAUUCUUUUGGUAUUCAUUCAAAAUCUCAUCGGUACCAACUUCAUGGAGCUGGUCAUUGUCAUCGAUCUUGAAUUCCAAGUAAAGGUUUUUCUUUAGCUUAACUCUGACAAACAGCUUAUGUUAUUUGAAGCUGAAUUUCUUUUUUGUUUGUUAAUUUGUGUGUCAUUUAUUUUGACAUUUUAAAUCAAAGACCACUGUUUGGUUCAGGUCACUGUGUGUGUUCCACGUAGUAAUUGAGUGUUUUUUGUAAGAAUACUAUUUCCUAACGCUGUUCCUGAAUUAAAGCUGCCUGUGUUUUUAAA